AUGUUGAGUGAUGCUAAUACUACCAGGGAAGACAAGAAGCAGCUUUUAAAAGAGUGGUAUGCCUGCGUCGAUGCUAAGGGCAAAGAAAUGCAAGCAGGGGCAUCCUCUUCAAACAAUGAAGUACGAAAGGAAGAGAUUGGGACUUGGACGAGUAAUGGACACCAUAGCAAGCAGAACCAGGCAAAAGCAAGCGAGAGGAAGAAAAGGAAGGAGAUUAAUGGGGUUGACUGGGCUGGUAGGAAUAGGAAAAAAUAUAAAGUGCUGAGAUUGGGGGCGGAGAGUAGUGACACAAAUUUUAUUUGUAUUGAUGGUAAUGAAAAAGAUGAUUUGAGUGAUGAGAAAGAUUUGAAGGAAAGCUGUGUUCUGAAUUCUGAUAGAGGUGACAAACUUCUUUGUGAUGAUUCGGAUGCGGUGGCUGAUUUGGGAGAAGAAGCUAAGAAUGUUCAUGAUGGUGGGCGAGAAGAUGUGGAAAAUGUGGAUAUGAAUAGAGGAAGUGGUAGACCAAAAGGAGCUGUAUUUGGAGUGAAAAGGAGGAUAGACGGAUUGGACAUGUGGAUUAACUUAGAUUUUGUUGAUGACAAUGCAAAUCUUAGAUGUGUAUCACAAAGAACUCGCUCACAUUUUCAUUCAAAAUGGGAUAAGAAGGAAACGAAGUGGGGAACUUUAAGUUGUCCAAUUAUUGUUGAUGACGAGGAAGCAUCUAAGGAAAAUAAUAGUGAUGAAGGUGAUGAUAUUAGUGAUGAUGUUGGUGAUUUCAAAGUGGUUUCAACUGGAAAGAAAUUAAAGACAAACAAAAGCAAAGGAAAGCGAGCGGAAAAGAUUGAUGAUAAGGGAGAGAAUCCUAUUCAAGAGUCAGCUCCUUCUAGAGAUGCUGACAGCAAUCCACCGGCUGCUGAGAUGACUCUGCCUUUGAAGUUCACCUUUGGCGUCGAAGAAGAGCCAGAGCCACCAGAGAAAACGGAAGAGGAGAAAGAACUGGAUAGACUGUGGGAUGAGCUUGAUUAUUGUCUUAGAUUGACUGAAAUUGAUUCAGAUGAUCCUGAUAAGGUUGAAGACAAUGAGAAAGUUGACAGAGCUACCCUUUGUCCAUCCAGAGGGGAUCAUGACUUAAUUCUUGAUGAACAAAUCGGACGUAUAUGUAGAUAUUGCAAUUAUGUGGCACAAGAGAUUAAGGAUAUCACAUUACCUUCUAGUAAUUUUUGUCUUAGAAAAUUGGGCUGGAGAGACUCACGUGAAAUGAACCGCUCCCACUCUGAUGAGUUAAAGUCUCAAGAUUCGGGAUAUGCUUUCAAUUCUGGUUGUGAUCCUGAGGUUCCUGCUGAAGGCACUGUGUGGGACAUCAUUCCUAAUUUAAAGACCUAUAUGUAUCCACAUCAAUGUGAAGGUUUUGAGUUUAUUUGGAAAAAUAUAGCUGGAGGAAUCCAUCUUGAAAAGUUAAAAAACCAAACAACAUAUGCUGGCGGAAGUGGAUGCAUUAUAUCACAUGCUCCUGGGACAGGAAAAACUCGUUUAACCAUUUCUUUUCUUCAAACAUAUUUGAAACUAUACCCUACAUGCAGACCACUCAUUAUUGCUCCUUGUAACAUGUUCCAAACCUGGGAAAAUGAGUUUAAGAAAUGGGAGUUUGAUAUACCAUUUCACAAUCUGAGUCACCCUAAGCUGUCUGGCAAAGAUGAUAUUCGUAAGUCAAUGAUGAAUUCUUGGAAACAUGAAAAAAGCAUCUUGUGGAUGAGUUACACACUAUAUGAAGAACUUACAGCACGUGACUACAAUUUCAGGAAAAUACUUCUUGAUGAUCCUGGUCUUGUAGUCCUUGAUGAAGGUCACAUCCCUCGCAAUGAGAACAGUCUUAUCUUUCAGGUUUUGUCAAAUAUCAAAACAGAGAAGCGCAUCAUCCUUUCUGGAACUCCUUUCCAAAAUAAUUUUGAGGAGCUAUAUAAUUCACUCUGCCUGGCAAGGCCAAAGUUUGCACGCGAAAAAGGUAAAUGGGAUGCUCUUACAAGUUCUUUCACCAACAUCACUAAUGAAAAUGUGAAAAAAGAGAAGCUGAAGAGGGUAAGAGAUAUGAUUGACCCAUUCGUGCAUGUGCACAAAGGUUCCAUACUACAAGAAAAACUUCCUGGAUCGAGGGACUCUUUGGUUAUAUUACACCCAACCCAGCUGCAGAAGAGUCUCUUGCAGGAUCUCAAGAAUGAUUAUGGUACUACAAAGAACCACUUAAAAUAUGAUCAUUAUAAAUCUCUAAUCUCUGUCCAUCCUUCACUGUUGCUCAAGUGUGGUAAAGAAGAGUUUCCUUCUAACAAGCAUAAGAAGUUAGAAAGACUUAGAUUGAACGCUGAGGUUGGAGUCAAAACAAAAUUUUUAAUUGAAUUCAUCCGGCUUUCUAUGGCUUUGAAAGAAAAAGUUUUGGUUUUUAGUCAACAUCUUGAGCCAUUAUCGUUAAUAAUGGACCAACUUCAAUCUCACUUUGGUUGGACUGAAGGGAAUGAGGUAUUGUAUAUGGAUGGAAAGAUGGAAAUUAUGCAGCGGCAAUCUUCAAUUAACGUUUUCAAUGAUCCAAUCAGUGAAGCAAAGGUAUUAUUUGCAUCAACAAGGGCUUGCUCUGAAGGUAUAAAUCUGGUUGGGGCUUCAAGGGUUGUUUUACUGGAUGUGGUAUGGAAUCCAGCAGUGGAAAGGCAGGCAGUAUGUCGUGCAUAUAGGCUUGGGCAGAAAAAAGUUGUGUACAUCUAUCAUCUUAUUGCGUCCGGGGCAGAGGAAGAGGAAAAGUAUAAUCUACAAUUUGAGAAAGACAUGUUGUCUGAGUUACUAUUCUCUUCUUCGAGUCAGAGUGAUGAUCAGCAGAAAAUCUCACCUAAAGUCUUAGAAGAUAAGAUUCUGGAUGGAUUGGUAGAAUGUAAGAAACUUAAAUAUAUGUUUAAAGAGAUAAGACACCAAAAGAAGUCUGGAUCGACUGACUAUUAG